AAAAAAAAUGGCAAAAUUCCUUCUGUCAUUUUCCCAGAGAGUCAUAGAUUCCACGAUCUAAGCACAAGAACAAGGACCUAGAUUUUAUUGAUAGCCUACUUAUCACAUUCUAAUCUAAAGUACUGUAUGUUUAUUGCUACAUAGAUAAGCUUUUGUUAAGAUGGAGAUGAAAAGAGAAGCAGAAGACAAAUUUUCAUCUGACCAUGAUGUUGAUGAAAAUAGAGAGGAUUUCUUAUGUAGCUGUUGUUUUAAUCUAAUGACUCAACCAACAUCUUUAAUGUGUGGACAUAAUUUCUGUCGAGGAUGUUUAGCUAGAUGGUUUCUAACAUCAAGAAAAAGAGAAUGUCCAACAUGUCGACAAAAAUGGCAAGGUCAUCCUAAAGUAAACAUAACAUUAAGGAAUAUGAUGUAUAGAUUAUUUAAAGAGGAGGUCAAACAGUUAGAUAUAGAUUUAGAAAAUGAUGAAGAAACGAAAUCAAAGUUGGAUGAUUUUGACAAGAAAUUACAAUCAAAAGAAACCGAAUCUGAUCCCAGAGCAUUUUGUUCUGGAAUACUUCUUACUUUAAUUGCUAUAUUAGUAAUAUAUUUAGCAUGGUACUGGCGUAAAAGUGAUCAAGAUUUACUUAUCAAGAAACCAUUGUGGUCUUGGAAACCCCAGGAUGUUAGUACAUGGUUAACAGAAUUAACAUGGGCUGAACUUUAUUCUCAGUAUGUUUUACAAGAAAAAAUAGAUGGCACAAUGUUAAUGGGCUUUGAUGAAGAAUCUUUAAAGAAAAAGUUACAUAUAGACAAUAAUGUACAUCUUAAAGCUUUACUAUAUGCUAUACAGGGUAUGACAGAAACUGGGGUGAAAUUUCCUACAAAUCUCUGGGAAUAUAAGGCACUGUACCCAGGAAGAAGUUUAUUUCUAUUAUAUGGUUUAAAAGACUUUCCACGUACAACCAUAUUAUAUUUAUAUCUUUUUAAUUAUGAAGAAGUAUUUCUACCAUUUGUACAUUAUACUACACCAUCUAAUGAAAGUCAUUAUGUUAUUGCUGAGGUUAAACCAGCUACUUGGCAGUUAAUAACAUUUAUAAUGUAUACAAUACUAUUACCUUAUUGGUUAGUUGGUAAAUUCUCCUGGUUAUAUAGUGAUGUUCAUAGAUGGACCUCCUUGUUUGUUAUGUUCUCCUGUUUUUUACUCUCCUUUAUUGAAGUCUCACUUUUCAGAUCUUUAUUAUUCAACAAUGAAAAUAGAAUAAGAAGUCAUGUUAAAAUGGUCAUAUCUAUGGGAAUAUUUGUUAUUUUAUGGCCUGUUGUACCCAGACUUAUCUGUGAUUUCUUUUUCUAUGCAGCUCUGUAUUUUUCUUCAGUUCAACUAUGUGUUCAAAUCAAAAAUAAUAUUGUAAAUAAUAACUUAUAG